UUUCUCCCCCCCCAACAACAAACAACGUUGUCGUUCUCUCUCCUAGGGAUUCUAUGCAGCUGAAGUGCUAUUCCAACACGAUUCUCGUGGAGCUUUUCAUGGUUAUGUUCUAAUUUGGCCUCAGUUUGGUUGGUGAGGAAAGUAGAGUGAAGAGAAGAUAUAAAAGAAUAUUGUCAUGAGAGGAUGUUUCUACUUAGAGUAAGGGCGAAAUAAACUCAUAGACGUAGCCAUGGAUCAUUCGGAACAAACACAGCGCCAACAACGGGAACAACAGCAGCAGCAUCAGGCAAUGGGUAGUGUAGCUGGUACUGGUCAGAUGGCCUAUGCUACUCCUACCUACCAAACUGCCCCCACAGUUGCUUCUGGCACACCACCAGUAGCUGUCCCUCCCCCAACACAGGCUCCCACUACAUUCUCCAAUUCCCCUCACCAACUUGCAUACCAGCAAGCACAACAAUUUCACCACCACCAGCAGCAACUUCAGAUUUUCUGGGUCCACCAAAUGCAGGAGAUCGAACAAACAACUGAUUUCAAGAAUCAUAGCCUCCCGCUUGCUCGGAUUAAAAAAAUUAUGAAAGCUGAUGAAGAUGUCCGGAUGAUCUCAGCCGAGGCCCCCGUCAUAUUUGCAAAGGCAUGUGAAAUGCUCAUCUUGGAGCUAACUUUGCGCUCUUGGCUCCACACAGAGGAGAACAAAAGAAGAACACUGCAGAAGAAUGACAUUGCUGCCGCCAUUUCAAGGACCGAGGUCUUUGAUUUCUUGGUGGAUAUUAUUCCUCGGGAUGAGUUGAAGGAAGAGGGACUUGGCAUCACCAAAUCUACUAUUCCUGGGGUGGGUUCUCCUGCUGAUCAUAUGCCCUAUUACUAUGUCCCGCUACAGCAUCCGGUUACACCACCAGUGAUGAUCAUGGGGAAGCCAAUUGAUCAAGCAUCACUAUAUUCAUCCCCACAGCCUCGACCACCAGUUGCUUUCAUGUCGUGGUCACAGACUCAACCACAGCAACAUCAAUCUCAACAACAGCAAAGUGACUCGUGAGUUUGAAGUACCACAGAAGGUUGCAAUUGCUUAGGAAAGCAUCUGAUGGUCUGAGAUGAAUCUCAGUGUGGUAGAUGUAGUGUGUCAGCCGGCGUUUGUACAAAGGGGUUCCGCGAAGUGAAAUGUAAAGCAGCUGUAUCAUCUAUGGGUUUGUGUUUUGCUUUGAUUGUGUUUGUGAUAAUUGAUUGUAGCCUUUUUCCUCCCAUCCCUUUUCUUUUAGCUUUUUAUGGUAGAUCAAAAGGAUGUUGGUUGCCAACUUGCCAUAGUUAAGUUUGCCUUUCUUUAACAAUGACUGGAAGGGUUUUAUAAGGAAUUUUGAAUUAUUGUAGUAAUCACAUGAUUAACUGAGAGUUUCUCAACCGUUUGGUGCAUGAGUCUGUGUUAAUAGAUGUAUGAGUUCGCAUUUUUA